ACAUUUGGAAAAUAGGAGGGGUACAGGCGAGGGCUGGGAUGCGGAGAGCGAGAGCCUAAGAGCUGUCUGCCAUCACAUGCACACACACCAACCUCUAUUUCGCUCGCUGAUCAAGGGUUGCAGCCUGUCAAAUCAGCCGGGGCGAGCGGCGCUCCCCACGAAUAAUAAGAGACAGGGGAGGAACAUUAGCAAUUUCUCUAUUUCACCGCUAAGACAGAAGGGGAGGGGACCGGGGAGAUACAUUGCUGGUAGUAGGAUACGGUUUUAGAACUGAUUUUAAAAAGAAACAUAUCAAUAUCAACAUAUCAGAAAGAGACUUCAAGCAACAGACGCUGUCCAAUUCUAACAGAGUGGUGAAACCAUGGAGAUGUCAGAGGCAUUGUCACAGCAGGAGAGACUCCAGGCCAUAGCGGAGAAGAGGAAGAGGCAGAUGGAGAUUGAGAACAAGAGGAGGCAGCUGGAAGAUGACCGCCGACAGCUCCAGCACCUCAAGUCAAAGGCAUUGCGGGAACGAUGGCUGCUGGAUGGAGCUCCCUCUGCUGGCCCGGAGGAGGAUGAAGCCACAAAACAGCUUCAGGAAGAUGAAGCCAAGACAAAGGGGUUGGAGGAGAGCAUUCUCAGACUGGAGCAGGAGCUGGAGGAGCUGGAGACAGGUGUGUCAGCGACCUCCACCAAAGAGAACUUGUCAGACGCUGCCAAGGAGGAGGACGCCAAGACAGGAGACAACAAAAAUCCUGCUGGCUCUGUGAAAGUGGCCAAAGUUCACAACAGCCCUCGUCUGGACAAGUCCGGAGGUGCCUCAGAUAUGAUGAAGGCAGUGGUGCACGAGGUUCGCGGGGCUGAUGGCGCCAUAGAGAACGGGGUCCACCUGCUGAGUUCCUCAGAGGUGGAGGAGCUCAUCCACAAAGCCGAUGAGGCCUCCAUGGGCGAGGGAGGGGGCACCCCCAAGGUGGUGGGGAAUGCUGUGGAAGCGGCACAGACCCCCAAGAAGGAGAUCACGGGCAUCGAGGCCAAGGGGGACGGCAGUCCCCAGACGGCGGUGAGCGAGGCGAGCGCAGAGCACCCAGUUACCAUGGUGUUCAUGGGAUACCAGAGCGUGGAGGACGAGGCGGAGACGAAGAAGGUGCUGGGGCUGGAGGGUACGGUGAAGGCGGAGCUGGUGGUCAUCGAGGAUGGCGAGAGCAAAGGCACAGAGGGAGCCAAGGAAGACCAAGCCCCGCCCAAUGGCAGCGCUGCCGACCCAGUCAAAGCCCAGGAAGGGGCAGGGGAGAAGGGCGAGCCAGAGGGCGGAACAGGGGAGCUCAACACCAAGGAGAAACAGCCCUGCAAGUGCUGCUCUGUCAUGUGAGCCUGCCCGCUCACACACACGCACGCACACUCCCGGGAACUUGACUUUCAAUGAAAAAUGACAAAACAACAACAAAAAACUCACCACCACCAACAACAAAAACAACAAAAAUGUUCUGUAUCUUUUGAACAGCUGUUCCCCUCUUUGUUUUCAUUUUUAUUGUAUUUUGUAACCUUCUCUUUCCUUAUUGUUUUUAACUUUUUUAUUAGUUCCCUCUCGAUUUGUUUGCACCUGGAGUUUCCUAUUGUUGCCACUCAAACAGAAGCUGUCAAAGGUGAUCAGUGCCUCUGUAUUCACACUUACCUUUGAGAUUGGAGAACAGAGAGGAAUUUCUGCCCUUUGCCCAUACACUGCUUAAGUUAUUAGUGUUGUCCGACAAUUAUUUUUUUUCAAAUGACAUCUCUUAUACACUGUCAUGGAUUUUAUAGUCUUGUCUUACCGUAUGAAGGACAUAUAUAUCUCUAUGUAUAUCUCUAUAUAAAUUGUGUAUUUUAAAGAUAUAUUUAUUUGUUUUUUUUGUUUUUUUUUUGUUUUUGAAAGACCUCUGGUCGCCACGUGUGCAGAAGCAUGGGGUUAAGUGUGCCGGCUGCCAUGCUGAUGAAUUUUAUUUUUUUCAAAGAAUCAUGAAGCUAACCAGCGGGAACAAAGAAAAUGUAUCAUUUCAGUAAUUGCAUUGAUAUAUUUAUGACUGAUAAUGCUGUGAGAGAAUUCUUUGAGGGUUUUUUUUUUGCUUUCCAGAAAGAAAGAAAAACAAUAAUUGCAUUUCAUACAUGCUGCAGAAGUAUGGGGAAGAUAAAACCCAGUGGGAUGUCAAAGCUGGCAAACUGCUUCUAGUGUCUUAUAAUUGCUACAUGUUGCUUGCUGGACACAAAUUUGACACAAAUAUCAUCAGAAUAGCCAUUGGAGACCUUAAAGGAUCCCAUGUUCUGUGAGUUGAGUGCUUUAAAAAGCUCUCAUGCUGUUUGUACUGUAAAGUCUGCUUAACGUCACAUUUCACGCACACUGUGCUGCGACAACCUUUUGUUUUCUUUCUGGAAGGAAAAAAAUCAGAGUGUUUUCUAUUCAUUCUCCUGCAACCAAAUCGGAAAUAACUGCCCCUCUUAAUAGGUAUAAUCAUGACAGUGGUGGGAUAUCAGGGAUGACUUGAAUGGUCUCUGAUACUGAAGUUUGAGACUGGUGAAAUAAAUGCCGUAGUGUAAGCAGUAAUGUUCAUUGGUUCACUCCAAUCAAAUUCAUUUCUCUGACUCAUGAGGAUCCCUGGCAAAAGUGUUGCUAAGGAUGCCCUUUCUGAUACCUAAUCUGAAGAUUGUGUUGAAAGUACAUAAUCAGCUCUUAUCUGCCCUUAGUCAGAACAGUGAAAGAGUGCUCAUAGGUCAAUGUCAAAUGUACUUUCGUUUGCUAUAAAGCUCAAAGCAGUUUGUUUUAAAUGUGACGAUAAUACCAAAACUGAGUUUGAUGCUCUGAUCCUAUUUAGUGCUAUAGUCAUGUGUGUGGAUGGUGGGAGCAUUUUCUAUCUCAUUUAAAAGGGGAUACAUACUAAAGGAAUGUUGUUUUCAUUUUUAACCCCCCCCCCCCCCCCCCCCCCCCCCACACACACACACACACACACACACACACACACAGUCAAGCCACAGUAUCUAAGUGAAAGUACUUUUUAGUCUCUGCCCAAACUUCCAUACCAGGCUUUCCGUGCCUGUGAUACAGCUAUGCACAUAGGCCUUGGUUCCCUCCUCCAAUAUAAAUGACACCGAAAAGGCCACAGAAUUAACUGCUUGUGCAUCUGUGUUCCCACGGAUUUCAUGUUGUGUAUUUCUAAAUAUGUGAGACCUAAGGCAAAAGCAGGGAUAUGAAACCUCUUCACAUUCCAGGAAGUUGUCAGAAGAGUCUUUUUUUUCCAAAUGGUCAGUUUUGCUCCAGUUUUAAUGUUGCUACUCUUUUUUUUUUGCUUUCUUUUAUUGGGAGGUGAUAGAUGUUUUGCAGUGUGGCUAACUUUUAACAGUUAUGUUUGAUUCACCAUUCUUUUUCUUUUUGCUUGCUGCAUUAUGAGUGCUAGGAGCUUGCAUUUCUUUUUUUUUGGGGGGGGGGGGGGUGCAAAUUAGGAGCAAAAUGUCCAGCUGAGCUGAAAGGUCAUGAACUUAUUGUCCUCUGUGUUUUCUAAGUGGUGAGAUGAGUCAGUUGGCUGAGUUGGUUGGGCUUGUCAAGCAAAACUGUUUCUGGGAUGACAAGCUCUGAUGUACAUGAAGGCCCGUGUGUUACCUAUAUUUGAAAUAAACGUUUUGUUUGCAAAGUCGGCUGAAUAGUGGAUGGUCUUGGUUGGCAUUUUAAAUUUCUAAACAGUUUAAAUUUACUGCAAUCAUUGACCUGUAAUUUAUCUCAGCCUCCCAUGGGCUUUUCCCAUACAUAUACUGUACCUGUAUGUAUAUGUGUGUAUGAAUGAGGCUCACCUUUGUAAGACCAUCAUCUGACAUCAGAAGUGCAUGGUGAAAAUGUAACAAUACCCCCAUACGUAAACAUUUGUCAUCAAAGUUAAGUCUGAAGUGUAUUAUAAAUACAUGCACACAUAUUUAUAUAUUUCUUUGUAUCACCCCCCAAACAUUUGGCUUACUCCUCACUGAGUCUAUAGAUAAACAUGAUAAAUGAUUUUUUUACUGAUAUUUUUUUACCGCUAUGCUUUUAAAUCAGGUGAAGUGGUGAGGAGAUGCUUGAUGUGCAUUUAUCGGACACAAAACGUGAGAUGCCUUUGGUAUGUUAAGAAUCACCACUGACAGUGUAAAAGGGAGAGGCCUCUAUUAAAAAAAAUGUGUGGAAAUGUAUGUGGAUGUGCAUGUUGUGCUACACUAUCAGUCUGAGGUGUUGAUCUCGUGUGUAGGGAAGGUAUGCCUUCAGUCUCCACUCAGGCAGCUUUGCUGACUGCUCAGUUCUUACCAAGUAAUGUUCCCACAUUUUUGUACCCUCACCUAUGCAAGAACUUCCAAGCAUGCACGCUUACUCUUCAUUUUGUCACUGGCGAUAACCUGUCCUUUAAUUUGCAUCUGUCAGUACAAAAAACACACAAUUCAUGUAAAUUGACCUCAGUGUUGGGUCCCUCUGAAAAUCCCUAAUAAUAUAUUGCUUUUAUUAUGGAGAUGUUUUUUUUUUUUGUAAUGCUUGACAAACAUACCAUGUUUUCCAUGCUGUACGUAAAAAUGUGUCACUAAAAUGAUUUUCUCUGAACUGUCAUUUCAAAUAAAACUAACAGUACUGUAUACAUGUUAUCAUACACAAGUGGAAUCCAACCAACAUCGGCUGAUUUUCUAGAAUGUGUCUGCACUGACAUGACGUGUAUUCAAGUUUUUCUGAAGUGGUGGUUAGCACUGGUGGGCUUGUGUUGGCUUCAUGUGAUGAGUGUUGGCUUUACGUCAAUUCCAGCGCUAAGAAGUUGGAAGACACAGAGCCUUUUUGAAUGUAUGUGGGUAGAACAUGUAUUCUGCAGAGAGCGUAGAACUGUGGGAUUUGUAUCUUUCAAAGUACUUUACUCAUUGUCUCCUUGCGGUGCUAAUUGGUGGAGAUCCUCACAGCUGGCCUUGGUCUGGAAUUGGAAUCUUGUGUUUACAGCUCUGCUGUGUCCUCUCCCAGAAACUCAGAUCUGCAUAAUCUUGUUUGUGUGGCUUCUGCCAUCCAGUGGAACCCAGCCAAUACCAUUAACUAAGCCUGGGGAACAAGCUGAGGUACAGAGAUCUGGACAGAAGUUUUGUUUAACAUAUUUUGCUAAAUCAAAAGAAAGAAAAUAAUUCUAAUGAAAAUUUGGAAUUUUGACCUUGCGAAGAAAAGAAAAAAAUGGAUAUACAAAUGAAUGGAGUGAUUCCAAAAAGCAGUGCCCUUUUUUAUCCGGGCUGAGCUUGCAGCGAGGUGUGAAAGGGUGUAAUUCUGGCAGUUGGACCCUCAUCCCAGAUCCCAAUGACACGAACAGGAGCACACCUCCUUCAUCCUAACAGGGGGGAUGAACACAAAGCCAUACCCAAUGUGGUCAGUUUUAACCAGCUGCCGCAUUGGAGCUCCCGGUGAACACCUCCUGGCUGCGAUUGCAUACCCAGGGGCAGAAAAAAAGAAGGUAACGGUGACAGCUGUGACCUUGGCAAAGCAGAUGUUUUGAAUUGACAUAUUAGCGAGACAUCCUGUUGAUCGGGUGGAGGAGCUCCCCCAUCAGUGCUGGGCUUGGUGUAGCUGUGGUGGAGUUGGCCUGACCGUCACUCUCGUAUUCGCGGGCACCCAUUGCACUGUCAUCGCCAUAGUUACCUCAGACCUCUUGCUCUGCAGCGCCCCCUGCCGCCACUCUAUACUAACAUUCCAGUUCUGAUGUGUGUUACACACCCCCAAUGCCUUGUGGCCGGGUCCAGGCCAGGCCUCUUUUGUAAAUGUGCAUGCUUUUUAUAAGUAUAUAAAUAUAUAUCUAUACAAAAUAACUGUCCUUGUGAAGAAAUGUCUCCCUUCUCAUGCUGUAGUGGAGUCCUCCAUUUCUCCCCUCUUCCAAUCACAGCGCGUGGCACGGUUGGGAAAUGGUGUGGUGCCACUGCUGCUGGCUCUAUUGCUUUGUAAGUUGUGAGAGUUUUCUUUCUUCUGACUGGAAAGUGAUGUAGAAAGUGUUAGAGAUGAAAAAUAAAAAUGUGA